UACACGAUUGCCUCAGUGAAUAGCGCAUAUAGAAAUAUCGAUCAAUAGUAUUCAAUCAGUGCGCCACAAUAUGUUUAUUUUAUUUUGUGCGUGUAGUACAAUGCGCGUUUUGCCAAGCAACUGGGCCAUUACUGUAACUUGAGAAUUAGCGGGAGUCCACGAACAACAAACAACUCUGUUUGCAGCGAGGAGUUUUCAGUCUGUCUGGUUAGCCCCAAGACGCUGCACCAAGAUGUCCCAUAACGGUAGCGAGUCCUGCAGCAGCAGUUCUGUGGGCCUCCCGCCACUUCAUCUCUCUAACCAUUACGUUCAUCAGAAACAUUCGGAGGAGUGGGUGUUGCCCAGGCAUUGGAAGAUGGACCUACGUGAGCCGUAUCAGAACUGGAAAUAUGACGUAUGUUGCCAGGUGGCGAAUAUGGAACAGCAACUGGCUGCCUCCCUCAGACAGUAUGGGAACCCAGAUAUCUACGACACCCGGGGUAACAGCAAUACACCCUGGAACCACCAGCGAGAACGCGAGAUGGAAGAAAAAUUUAGAAAAAAUCAAUUAGACAAGCACCGAGGAAUUAACUUCGGUGGACGGCCAUACAGAUAUUAAAAUGCAAUUUUAUUAAGAAAACACUUUUUAAAAUCAAACCCAGCUUCAAGCAGUGUUGAUUGUUUUGAGCACCUUCUUUCUGUUUAUCUUCUACUGAAGGAUAACAGGCGGUUUAUCAUGUCGACUCUGCGUGGUAGACGGGCGGUCAUGCUGCUGUAAUAUAUGGAGGAUUCAGUUUUGCGUUUUCUAAUUUAGGAUAUAUCAGAUAACAAUGAACUUGCUCCAUUCAGCCCUUUCAUAUGAAAUACGUGUCAAAUUUAUGGAUGGAUUUUAAGAAAGGGAAAUAGCUCACACCCACUGUGCCAAAGCGAGUGCAAUCUCGAUUAUCGAGACGAUCUAUUGUGUUAGGAGUGAAAGGAAUUUGAUGAAGGUUAUUUAUUGUGUUUAGGACACGCUUUUCUUUUGUCGUGUUACAUUUGGUGCAUUGCUUGUCAAUAUUUCAUUAGCAGAUAUCUAAGGAUUAUCGCAGCGUUUUACAUCAGUCAUUAUUUUCAAGGAUACCACUGAAUGUGAAAUGGAAUCAUUCAGUUAUAACAUGACGACGGCGUCGUCUUCUAGCGAUAGCCACCUAGAAAGCGGAUGCGUUGUGCAUUUGUGUGCUAUCGUAGCUUAAAGAUAUGUAGUUACACAAUAGAUAUUUGCAGACAGGUAAUUGACUUGAGAUGUGUUGUUUAGUGUUCCGUGUAUUCAUAGCCUUUGGACAAAUCGUGCCAAUUUUGUUAGAUC